AUGAAGCCUAGAACAUCGGCUCGGACCUUAUCUUUAUUCAGUUCACCGUUUCCCCUCUAUAGGUCGGUUGGUCGGAUACGGAGACGCCAUGCCUUCUCUUCCUCUUCCCCUGCAUCGUCGCCGUCGGAACAAUGCCCUUGGCUUCGAGUCGCUAUUGUGACUAUCGCAGCAGCUGGAGUUGGUGCUUAUAUCAAGUCCCGAGAAGAAUCGAAAUCCACGACGCUGAACCCCAUCACAUUUACACCCUAUUACCUAGUUUCAAAGGAGCCGGUGUCGUCGACUGGUAGUAUUUUUACUCUCAAAGCGCCCAAGCCGGCCAGUGAUAAUUGUCAGGUCUAUGACGAAGCAUGGAAGACGGGGGUCUGGAGUGUGAUGUUCAAACAGCCGCAGCUACAGAUUGGAAGAGACUAUACACCUCUCCCUCCUACGUCGGUCGAAGAGGAUGAGUCGCUACGGUUCUUCAUUCGUAGGGACCCUUUCGGCGAAAUGUCACGGUAUUUGCAUGGUCUGGACAUGGGAACUCGCAUAGAGAUGCGAGGUCCACAAAUUGAGUGCGAGAUCCCUGUAGAUACCCAGCAAAUUCUCUUUAUUGCUGGUGGAACUGGUAUCGCUCCUGCCUUACAGGCAGGACAUACGCUCCUUCGCCGCACGGACGGAACACAUAAACCGAGGAUACACAUCCUUUGGGCAAAUAGGAGACGAGACGACUGUGUUGGUGGAACAAAUGAUAAUAUCAUGACGUCUAGAUCGCGAGCGUCCUGGUUCUCCGGCUUCUUAAAGUCACCACCAGCCGACCCAUCUCCGGCUGACCCCGUGAAGAGUACUGCUCCUUUCCCUUCUCUCAUUGUCAGAGAGCUCGAGGCUCUCAAGUCUCAGUAUCCGGGACAGAUCACGGUGGACUAUUUUGUUGACGAGGAAAACACAUUCAUUGGGAAGAAAGCUAUAUUAGACGUUGCGGACUCGGCUACCCCGGUUGAGGGAUCUCAGAAACGCAAGAUGAUCUUAGUCUCGGGACCGGAAGGCUUCAUUAGCUACAUGGCUGGACCAAAGCUCUGGGCGCAAGGUAUGGAGCUUCAAGGACCGCUUCAAGGGAUCAUCAAGGAACUUGACCUGAAGGAUUGGGCUGUGUGGAAACUCUGA